GAAGUAAAUAGGCCAGUUGGUUGGCGUCUGCUCAACGGGUCGGGUUUAGUUUUCGUCCGCUGGUCUUUGUUUCACGUCUUCAUUUUGUUCCGCCUGUUUUGUUUAUUAUUAUUUCUUUGUUUUACUUAUAAACCAUUACAGAGUGGCUCACCAAUGCACUUGACAUUCAAGCUCUUAGUGAGGAGAAAGAUCUAAAUAGGCUGGGAGACGUGAACUAGACAUGAGGUGACCAAGAGACAAGAUGCCUGCAGAAUACAGCAGGCUCAAUGGGUGGAAAGACCCAUGGAGGAGAUCACGGAUAGGCCUGCUUACAUUGGCUUUCUUGUCGUCGCUUUGCUUCGCUUCAUUCCUCCUGAGCCAGAGGUUCGUGACCACGCUGCCGGCUUCACCCUACACCAUUGGCAGGUCCAUUCAGAGUUUGCCGAGUAACGAGUUGACAGAAGUUGUCAACAUAUCUCAAGAUAUUGAAGAUGUACUUUCACUCCAGAAAGAGAAGAUUGUUGAUGAUAUUUUAAAAAGCUAUCAUUUUCCUGGAGGUCCUGGUUUAAGAAACCAAAGCAGGCCAUUAUCUGAUCUGGUUCCUGUACUUGGUGGCCAACCAUUGAGAAGCGUGAUAAUUGCGACCUGGAGGUCUGGCUCUACAUUUCUUGGUGAUAUUUUAAACAGUGUUCCUGGUAACUUCUAUCAUUAUGAACCACUCCUCGAUCAUGGAAUAGUUCAAGUACGAGGACCACCACGGUCCAAAGAAUCUCUGCGCUAUAUCAGAAACUUGCUUAAUUGCAACUACACAGAUAUGGAUAAAUAUUUGUCAUAUGGACAAGACCAUACCUGGCUGUUUACUCACAACAUUAGACUGUGGGAGAAGUGCACAGAGUACCCCCAUCUCUGCUGGCUGCCAAUCUUUCUUAACCGAUUCUGCUCUCUAUUCCCAUUUCAGUCAAUGAAGUUGGUCAGGCUUCGACUCAAACUGGCUGAAGAGCUUUUAACAGAUGAAAAGCUUGGAGUGAAGGUGGUUUUAGUCGUACGAGACCCAAGGGGAACAAUGCAGUCAAGGAGACAUCGGGACUGGUGCCCCGGAAACCCUGACUGUGAUGACCCAACACUACUCUGUGCAGACCUUGUUGCUGACUAUUCAGCAGCUCUUAGUUUUAUCAAGAAAUAUCCUAAAAAAUUCAAAAUCGUUCGGUAUGAAGAUUUUUCUCUCGAUCCUUACAAGGGUACUGAAGAUCUUUUUAAAUUCCUUGGUGUAAACUUUGGACCAGAAGUAAAAAAGUUUCUAGAUACUCAUACGAAAGCUAACUCAGGAGGAGUUUCAAGUACAUUCAGGAACAGCAAAAAUGCACCUUUCCAUUGGCGAUCAGAUUUAUCAUUUUCCGAGGUUCAGAAUAUUCAGAGAAAAUGUUCGUCAGCCAUGGAUCUUUGGGGGUAUUCAAAAGCAGUCAAUGCUUCACAUCAGAGGUUUUUUGAUCCUAUCAAGAAGAAAUUCAGCCUCAAACCAUGAAUUUCGAAGCCUUGUUGAUUUAUACAUUUGUGCAAUUAUGUUUAGUUAUACUGAUAGACAAGUACCAUUCACUAUCAAUUAGGCUUUGGAAAUUUCCUAAAGAUCAAUUCAUUCUCACCAAUCCUGUAUUUGGCAUCAUCCAAGAUUUACAUUAAUACAGGUUUUAAAAAUUAAACUGACAUUUCUGAAUCAUUAAAUACAUCUAGGAUAAGAUAGAGCUAGAAGGAAAAGUGAGAUAAGUCUGGGAAGAUAUCCUAGUUAGAGUACUUAAUCAGCGGAAAACUACGUCAACUUCAUCAGCAGAUAUGGAUUGUUUCAAAAUAGACUGAACUGAUAUGCUAAUUAUGUACAAUUUCAUACCCAUUUGCAAUAUUUUGAUACUUUUAAGAUCCUAAUAAAUGUUAUUCAAAUGGUAUACACAUAUCAUUGAAUAGUAUCUCAUAGUAAUAAAAUUUUGUAAGGGAUUACAUUUUCAAUGAACAAUUUUACAGUCACCUUGCUGCAUGUGAAUAUAUUCACAUACACUAAGUUCAAUACAUAUACUAAAUUAAAUAGUUGGUGAACAAAAUAUAAUCAAAAAGGUUUGGAUUUGUUUAUUUUUACCCGUUUUGGUAAGGGUUAAAUUUAGCUCCUUCAUGUUGCCUCGGCUCUUCCUACUAACAAGCAAUGUUUUGGACUUGUUAUGCUAGAAAAAUCAACUCUAAACUGCUAUAAUAUAUAUAAAUUAUUUAUGCUUGGUAAAUAGUUGGUAUUAUUAAUGAGUUGAUAGGAACAAUCCAUUAUCAUUAAUUUCUACAUUGUGCGAUUUAACAAAUAUGUAUUUAUUUUAUUUUUGCAUUCUCAAGAACAAAAUGUGCUUAAAAGUGUCCUUAGAGCUAGUGUUUAAAUUUAAAAUAAUUACUUUUUGUGAUUUUUUUAUCAUUGAAUGAAUUAAAUAUUUAUUUCUAAUAAACUAAUACAAAUUUUCUGAUAAAAUUGGCCAAUAUAUAUAUUUUCAUUUGAUUAAAGAAUUCAUUAUAUACAAUAUUCUUUUUAAAUAUUUAAAAUAAAAAGCUCAUUACUUUUAAUGAAUUGGAAAAUUAAUAUGAUUGCUAAAUUUGAGGGAACAAUUUAUAAUACCAAGAGCUCCGUCCUGAUCAAAACAUUGAUUGUAUUUUUACAUAUCUGCUGACAUAUCAAUUAAAAUAUUACGUAAUUCUAUUUCCUUAUUUGGGAACAUAACUUUUAAAAAUUGUUAAAUUUUAUCUAUAUUGUUUAUUAAAUUUUUAUUUUAAAAGUUAGAAACUUAAUUGUUUUCGUCUGAUAAAAUAGUUUUUUGAAGAUUUUUUUAUAACCUUUAAGUUGCUCCAAUUAUAAAUUUAAUAAAUGAAAAUAAAAUGUGGGUGAAAAUUUGAUUUUAGAGCAAAAUAUAAAUAAACCAGAUAUGUUUGUAUUUACAUAACUGUAUGCUUUAGAAACAAUCCGCUAUGAAAAAGUUUUGAUUUUAUUAACUCCCUUGUAUUUUAUUUACUUUUCAAACAUAAACUAGAAUAAAGUUUAUUUUCUAUUCUAGAAGUAACACUGCUCAUACAGACGUUGUUCUGUUUCUAAGUGUGAGGGAAAUUAUAUUUUAUGUAUGUUUUAAAAUAAAUCUUGUAUUUGAUUUUUAUUAUGAAAAUGUAUUUUGUAUAUCUUUGUAAAGUAAUAAGUCUCUGCAAUAUGUAGAACUUUGGUUUGACUUCUAAUAAUGAGUAUUGCUGUAAAAAUGGAACUAGGCCUUUUAGACAAAUCCUGUAAAAUGAGCUUUAUGUAAGCAUUUAUUUUUUUAAAAAAAUUGUAAAUAUGUAGAAGAUUAAUGUUAUGUUUAAGCUAUAAUAAUUUAUAUCUAAAAAUGUUUUUAGUUUUUACGUUAUUAGACUUGGUAGGAAAUUGAAUAUUAUUAAAUUUAUGAAGCAUUUUUUAUUAGUAUAUAUUCCUCAAAUAUCAAAUGCCUGAUGGUGUGGAUUUGGUUAAAUAUUUCUGAAUCAGUACGGAAUCACACUAACUAAGGUGAUAUUGGGAUAAUAAAAUAAAUUUCUGAUUUGUAUUGGACCUUGUCUGAAAUGUUUCCUGUACAAAUCUGACAAAUAUGUUUGGUAUAAGUUUCCUAUUAAAACUUAUAAAGUUUAAGUAAAGUUUAUGGGUAAAAUUAGAGCAUUACUGUUAAAGAAAAUAGUGAUGUAAAAAUAGAAUAGGUUAGAACAAAAUUUUAAAUAACUAUUGCAUGUUGCAGAAAAGGUAAUGGUUGUAAGAAUGAUUUGAUGAUAAUAAAAAAAUUAAUAAUAAAAUAUUGACAUUAGUAAAGCCAGUAAAUAUCAAACUAAAAAGUUCCUUAUAUUGAAAUUAAUUGUAAAAAAAACAUUACAAUUUUUCAUUUAAUUUAAAAAUUAGCAUACUCAUACAGUCCAGGUGAAAACCAGUUUAUGUAAUUUUUUUUUUAUGCAAAGAUUUUUUUUUAGAAAAGAAAUCCAAUUAUUUUAAACUUAAAAAGGAAAAAGAAAAAAACACUAUAUUUCAUUAUAAUAAAUUUAAGUGAAUAUUCCUUAUUUAUUUAUCAAAUGGUUAUAUGUACUAAUUUUUUGAAAAAUGAAAAGUAAUUUCUCUCAUUUUUUUUUUAAUUACUUUUAAGGUCUUUUUAAGAAAUAUCAUGUUCCAGGUAAAGGGAUUUUAUUCAAAAUUUAUUUAAGUUUUUGUUAUUUUAAUCGUAAGUUAAAGUACAUAUGAAAACAUUUAUAUAUUGAUAGCUUACAUAAAUGGGAUUUAUAUUUUUCAUGAAGAUAAUACUUUCAUGAAUCAAGAACAACAUAUUUGGAACUUAAGAACAUUUGUAAAAAGUAAAAUGAAAUGGCAACAUUAAAUAUUGUGAAAUAUGUGUUUACAUUUUCAAUUGGUCACUAUUAAUUUCUGUGUGUUUAUAGUUUUAAAUUCUUUAAUAUAACUUUUGAAAAUUAGGUAAACUCCUAAAAUAUUUCUAUGCCUCUUUCUUGCCUUUCUAAUUAGUUAAUAAUGAUAAAAAUAAAAACAAAAUAAAAUAUCAAUUUUAAAGUCCUCACCAUUGCCAUGUGUUUCAUAAACAGUGACAAAAAGAAAAUAGCAUCAUAUUUUCAAAUAAAGUGCUCUAAUUUCAUCCAGAAUUCAUUACAAAACUUUGUUUGAAUAUCCAAAAUAGCCGUAUUAAAACUCUGCCUUGCUUAUCAGUGCCUUUUAAAAUAUUUGCCAUAAUAGCACUUUCUAGAAAAUUUAUUAUUAGUUUAAUAGUUAAACAUAAUUCACAAAGUUAUAGAUUGCAGGAGAGCAAAUCUCUAAUUGUUCAGUUUUAGGUAUUUUGUAUAUAGUAAUCAAUCAAGCUAUAAGUGCACAUUAGUAUUUGUAUUUAUAUUAAUUUUUAGUUACACCUGUUGAUGGAAUAAAUAAUUUUCAAUAAAAAUCAUCAAUCAACUCAUUUUAACAUGUUUUCUGCCUUGGUACUUUUCAAAAUUAUGAGAUGUUGAGCCAAUUUAAUUAAAUUUUAUUGUAUAUAUUAUAAACACUCUAAUUAUAAUAUUUAGUAAUCAUAAAAAAAUAACAUUUUUAAAAAAUAAGUUAUAGCAAAUUAUCUCAUAUUUGGCUUAUGUAACAGAAAGCUCUUGUGAAAACGAACUUGUGCACCGGCACCAAUAAUAAUAAAUAAGUUUUCUGUUCUUUUAUCAUAUCUGAACAAUUAUGGCAAGUAAAAAAAAUAAAGAAAUGACUUACAGUUGGUCCUAGUCUAUAAUCUCAACUAAAAAAUAACUUGUAGUAAAUGUCCUAGGAAAAACGUGUACCAGUUGACAGUCUUCAUGCUAAUAUUUUCAGUACAUAUUUGACAAAGUUUGUAACGGUAUUUUCGUAAUAUAAGUCUUCACCAACCAUUUUAUUUCAGUAAAAUUUUAUAAAUUACUACUGUGCACUUUGUAGCAAUCUUUUAAAUAGGUACUUACAGAAUGAAUAAAGUAGUCUGUGAUAUAAUGUCGAUAGAUAAAAAAUAUAAAUUAUUCUAGAGCUAUAGUUGUUAUGUUGAUAAAUAUUUAAGUUGGUGUAAUUUUAUUUCUAAUUUUAUAAGUUAUUUUUAAUUUUUUGUAAAUAAAAUUUUGUUUUUCUGUAUCUUUGUACAGUUUUACUUCCCUUCAAUGAAGUAAUGAUGUAGAAACUAUUGCCUGAUUUAAUUUGUUUUUAAUCUGUAACUUAAUCUAACAGUAAUGAAAAAAUAAUACAUUCAAAAAUAUAUUAAAUUUAAGCAAAAUGUUAGUUGAUAAGUUCUAAUAAAUCCAUUAAACUGUUAUAUAUUGUUGAUUUCUUUUUUAUUAUAUAUCUAAUACCUAUGUUAAAUUAAUAAAAUUUUAGUUUGAUAAAAUCAACAUGUCUAUACUAAAAUAUGAAACCUAUAAUUCUUUUCUAUGACAU